ACCAAUCCAAGAUUCAACAGCUCACACCAAGGUUUUAGGGUUUUGAAAUCAAUCAACCAUGGGAGCUGGUGGCCAAAUGAAGACGGAGGAAGACAUCCUUAAACAUGUUCCCGUUUCGAAACCUCCAUUUGGGAUUUCUGAUCUCAAGAAAGCCGUUCCACCACACUGUUUCAAACGAUCUCUUAUACGCUCGUUUGGCUCCUUCUUCCGGGAUCUUAUCAUAAUCUACACCUUCUAUUAUCUCGCAUCCACUUACAUUCCUUUGCUCCCUCCAACCCUUUCGUACGUAGCAUGGCCUCUAUACUGGUUUGCUCAAGGUAGUAUUCUAAUGGGGUUUUGGAUCCUAGGCCAUGAAUGUGGUCAUCAUGCCUUCAGUGAGUACCAGUGGGUAGAUGAUGCCGUUGGUUUCUUCAUCCAUUCUGUUUGCCUCACGCCAUACUUCUCUUUCAAAUACAGUCAUCGUAGCCACCAUGCCCACACAAAUUCCAUCGAGUACGACGAGGUAUACAUCCCAAAGCGCAAGGCCGAUACCUUCUUCUCCGAGUUUCUGAACAACGGACCUGGCAACGUGUUCACUCUCAUCCUAAGAACCACUCUUGGUUUACCCUUGUACUUGAUCUUCAACACUUACGGUCGUGAUUACAAUGGAUUUGCAAACCAUUUCUUACCACAAAGUGGUAUCUUCAACGACCGUGAGCGUGGCCAGGUUGUGCUCUCAGAUGUCGGAAUCGCUGCGGUUCUCUACGCGCUGUACCAGCUCUUACUAACACAAGGCUUAAAAACGACAAUUUUCCUUCAGGGAAUUCCAUUAUUUGUGAUGAGUGGCUUCUUCAUCUUCUUAACUUACCUAAACCACACUCAUCCAGCAAUCGCUCACUAUGACUCGACUGAAUGGGACUGGUUAAGAGGUGCUUUAUCCACCAUCGAUAGGGAUUUUGGAAUCUUGAACAGGGUUUUCCACAACGCAAAUCACACUCAUGGCAUCCACCAUUUGUUCCCGACGAUUCCACAUUACCACGCAAUCGAGGCUCGAGAGGCGGUGAAGCCCAUCUUAGGUGAGUACUACAUGUAUGACGAUACUCCGAUACUGAAGGCGAUGUGGAGAGACACAAAGGAGUGCAUCUACGUAGAACCAGACGAGGAGAAAAAGGGUGUUUACUGGUAUUACAAGUAGUACACCAUGUCCAUGGCAAUGGGAAUUCGCUACAUCUUGAAACGUAUAUACAUUCUGACUUGUAUCCUAAAUGCAAUUAUGAUCUACAACAUAUAUGCGUACAAGUAUUGAGUGUAUUUUGGUACCAUUCAGCUCCACGUCUUUGUAGACAUACAUAUUAUCUAAUAUAAUAAAGUGUGAAUUUUGUAUUA